AGAACUACUCAACCUACUGUAGGUGUACUAUGUGGCUAUGCAUUACAUUACAGAGGAUACGAAGAGCUACAUGUAUAAGAUGGUCAGCAGAAGCCUUGAGCCUGAGCCAGCACACGUUUGUGGACCCCGCUGCCUGGGCCGCUUGACCUUCCAUAGGGAGGCGGUGGGGGCUUUGGUGAGCCUGAGCCAGGGUGCCAGACGGGCAGACAGGACUGGGGACACCUUCAGACAUGGCCUGGUGUUCAGCAGCCGCCCGGUACAGCCCCAGGAGAGGGUGCGUCUGCGAGUGGAGCGGUGUGGGCUGAACUGGUGUGGAGCUAUGCGUAUAGGCUUCACCACUGUACCUCCAAUUGCCAGAGACUUGCCCUCCAUGGCCAUCCCAGACCUCACAAACAUCCCUGGUCAUUGGGCCGCUCCUGUGCCUGAGACGUGCUGCCAUGCAGGCUCAGAGCUGGAGUUCUGGGUCUCCAAUGGCGGUACAUUGUAUUUCAGGAAUGCCAACGGCCGACAACACAAACUGCUGGAGGGAGUAGACCUCAGCUGGCCCCUGUGGGCCAUGAUUGAUGUGUAUGGGCAGACCUGUUCUGUGCUCUUACUGGGUUCGGAGAAGAAAUGCUUUUUGUCUAAUCAAAAAUCCUGUCCUGCUCCUCAACGGCAUUCCUCCUGUUCUGCUCAUCAGAGACAUGCCUUGCUCAAUGUAGACGAAUAUGUGAAUGUGAAGCGAAUUUGUGAUGACAGCCAUGACAGAUAUCUUCUUCCAUGUCCAGCCAAUAAGCAGACAUCAGACUGUGAGAGUGUAGAGGACUGCGCAGUGUGUAUGAGCCAUAAGGCCUGUAUCAGCCUGCGGUGUGGUCACCAGUGCCUGUGUCACCAGUGUUUCACCAGAGUGAUCCAAGAGUUUGGAACCUGCCCUCUGUGUCGCCAGAACAUCAAGAACUAAACGCCCCAGGCACAGACCACCACUUGACAAACUGAUAUGAUGAUAUGAUCAAAUGCUGUUGAGGUACAACCACAAUAAGGCUGAGAAGAGGAAGAAAUGAAAAUGCACAAUCUACUGAAAAGAUAAUGGAUGUGACCUGCCAGACAUGCUGCUAUUGGCAUAAAUUGCACAAAAAGACUUGAAUGUGUAAAGCUAUAUUUUCUUGUACAUGUACUUUACUUGACUGUGAUCUAUUACUAUAAGAGUGACUUCCUGUAGUGAUAACUAUUCUGUUUGAUAUAUAACUGUUUAAGGACCAUAUAUCAAUCGCUGCCUUUGACCCAUACUGUAUUUUUACUGUCUACUUUUUGUAUCUGUUAUUUAAGACAUGUUGUGUGUUGUAGAAAGAUAUAUGUGUUUUAUAUGUGUAAUAAAAUCCAUGAACAU